AGGAGCGGAAAGAGCGGCAAGAGGGAGGCGGGGGAAGUCGCCUCUUGGUCCAAACUCUCGCCUUUCCGACCCCCCGCCCCCUCCCCCAAUAAAUCUCUCCAAAACAAACCGUGGGGAAGCCAGGAUGUCUUUUUCUCAGCUGGGAUACCCGUAUAGCACCUCUUCCCAGUUCUUCGUCUCGGCCAGCUCCAGCAGCUCUUGUUGCGACUCGGGGUCCCGCUCGGGGCCGGAUGCGGCGUCGGGCGGCUCUUCCCAGGCGGCGGCGGCGACCCUCUGCUGCCCCUCCUACGAGAACCGGCUGCUGGGCAGCUCCCGCCCGGAGCUCAAUGCGGCCGCGCUGGGCAUGUACGGCUCGCCUUACGCCGCCGCCGCCAGCCAGGGCUACGCCAACUACCUCCCCUACGGCGCAGACCCCUCCGCCCUCUACACCACCCUGAACUCCCAGUAUGAUCUCAAGGAGGGCUCCUCGGCCUUGCACCCAGGGAUUGGGCAGCCUGCAGCAGCAGCCUACUACACCUACGAGCCUACUUUUGGGCAGUACCAGUACGACAGGUAUGGAACAGUCGAUUUCAGUAGUUCGGCCAGACGCAAAAAUGCUACUCGGGAGACCACCAGCACUCUGAAGACAUGGCUGUAUGAACACCGCAAGAACCCCUACCCGACCAAAGGGGAGAAGAUCAUGCUGGCCAUCAUCACCAAGAUGACUCUGACCCAGGUCUCCACUUGGUUCGCCAAUGCCCGCCGCCGCCUCAAGAAGGAGAACAAGAUGACCUGGUCUCCGAAGAACAAAGCAGGAGAAGAGAGGCAAGAGGAUGCGAGAAGGAAUGGAGAAGACUGUGCCAGUGACACUGAAGACAAAGAUCCCAAAAGCUGCAAAGAGGAAAAGGAGUUACGACUGAGUGAUCUAGAGGACAUCGAGGAUGAGGAUCCAGAGAUCAAAGCAGAAGCUGAGCAAAAGCACCCACACCAAGAAGGCCUCCUCAUUGGAAGUAAUACCUUGGCUGAAUCUCAGAAAAGCAACUGCAACCUGACUUCGUCUGGCCAUUUCCACACCUUCUCCUGUGCCAAGGUGGACUCAACGGUUACGGGAGAUUUUCUGGGCCAUAAAGGAGCCACCUUAGUGGGCAGCCUUGGAAGUCAAGUCCAAGCUUACGAAGCACCAGAAAAACCCAGGAUCUGGUCAUUAGCCCACACCGCAGGAGCCAACGUCAUUGUGGGACCCACCAGCAACUCUUCCCAAAGGACAGAAAGCCCUGACUGUUUGGUGGUCAGGGGAAGGUUGCCUGGGGCUGGAGCACAGUACAAUGAAGGGAGGCCAGUGGGAGGUUUUGUGAGAACUCAGCCAAUCCAUGACAAGGCCUUGGAAGAGUUGGUGCAGCCGGCCAAGAUCUUUAAAAAUUCAACUUUCAAUCUCCAGUCCAUCUCGUUGAACUAUGCUUCAUAUCCCAUGCUGGGGGAGACCUGCCAAUACGCAGCAGGAGCUGAAGGGUUUGGGAGAGGGAUGAGGGCUGCUCAAGAUCAUCUCAAUGAAGUUUGUCUCAGUCAGCAGAAAUUGAGGACAGCUUUCAGACCAGUGUUGAAGAGGAUAAUCAAGUCUCGUGUGUUGGUGAAGCUUCUCAAGAAGGUUUGGAACUUAAUGGCUUUCAGAAGAAAGCAUUUGCCAUUCCCGAUGUGAAUUCUCUCCUUCUAGCUGUAUGUUUUGUCUGUUUCUCUGCACCCGUCAAAGCAUGAAUUGCAGCUGCUGCUUCCCUUCGUGGUGAAAGGGAAAAAGUCUUCUUAUAUAUGCACAGCUUUCGAUGGGAUCCCAUUGCAAGCCCAGCUGGAGAGCAGCUGGAAGGACUAAUCCACACUCCAUGAAACAAACACCUCCUACUUUGGGCACCAAAUUAUACUAAAUGCACUGAACUUCUGUUGGUGUUCAGUAGAGUUCUUCAACAAAUACAUUCUGAAGUUCUAGGAGAUUGUGAUGUCUACUGUAGACCUGAGGUCCUCUGUAAAAUGCAAGCUGCCCUAUUGAAAGGAUAGUUUUUGUUCUUCUUCUUUGAUUCAUUCACUCUUUUCCUCCCUCUUCAAAAUAUGGGAUAUGGAGAGUCAUUUCCCCCCUCCCCAGUUUAUUUUUCAAAUCCUUUAAAAAAAUACAUCAACAGGAAGCCAACAAUCCUGCACAUCUUUUUCUUUAUUUUCUUUCCUUAGUCUUUAAUUUUGGAUAAAAUAUAUAAGGUAUUUGUCAGCCAUAUUGUCCUAUACUUUGAAGGAAAUUCAUUAGUUGUGCAAAAAUGCAGGAUUGUUUAUUUUCCGUCGUUGUACAAAGAUAUCAUGGAAAGUAUUUUUAAAAGUCUCUAAUUAAAAAUCCAAAAUGAA